GACCAGACAGUGCGGGAGCUGGAGCUGCGUGUGAAGCAGCUGUCAGUGGAGGUGGAGAACGGUAACGUGCUGAGGCAGAAGGUGACCCAGGAGAAGGGCCAGCUGGAGAUCCACAUCGCUACCAUCAGCUCUGAGCUUCAGGAGGCCAACCGACAGAGGGUGUCUCUGCUGAGGGAGAAGGAGCAGCAGAGUGAGCAACAUGAAGACACACUGCAGAAGCUCCAGACCAAACAUGAGGCUGACAUCAGCCACUUCCAACAGGAACACACACUCUCCGCUGCUAAGGCCUCUGAUGUGAUUGAGGACCUAGAACAGACAGUUGCUCAGCUCAGACAGCAGCUACAGGACAGUGAGCACAGGAGACUGAAACAACUCAGGGACACAGAGAAUAAACUUCAACAAGAGAAAGCAGAUCUGCAGCACCACUGUGAGAAAAAGGUGCGUGCCCUACACAACGAGGCGGAGAAAGAGAGAGAAGAGACCAAGAAGAAGAUCUCCGAACUUGAAGAGUCACUGAAGGAGAAGGAGGAGCAGCUGGGACGUGAGAGGGAGUGUCAGCGGCAGCAGACCCAGCAGGCAGAGAAUGCUCUGGAACACUUUAAGAAGCAAGUAGAGAUCAGCUCAGAGAAGACCUACGCUAACAUGAAACUACAGGUAACAUAGUGAUAAUACUACAUG